GCUGCAUUCACUGCUCCAUUCGAAGUCGAACCUGUUUCCGGUUCCGGUCUGGCAUUAAGUUUCACUCAAAUUGUUUUUAAUUUUUUUUCUUAUUUCAUUGCAUUAAUCAAAAACCGGAUGUUUCGGUUCUGUUUAGUGAUCUUUAGUGAAUUCUUGAAUCCUGAGUUUGUUUUUAAGGUGCCACCGGAAGUCACGUGUUUUGUAGUUUCUUCGCUAAGAUCCUGUGUUGUAACGCAGAAAAAGGUCACAGAGGAAGCUAGCAGCAGCUAGCCCCUUCUAAAUCUAAGGUUUAUUACCUUUAACGGACCAAUAUUAACUGGUUUUAAUCGGAACAUCUUCAUAAAGCACGGUCCAGAACCAGAGUGGUGCUGCGUUCAGGGUCCAGAACCAGAGCGGUGUUGCGUUCAGGGACCUCAGAACUCUGUGAUUGGCUGGGAGCAGCAGCUCUGAUCCAGGUCCAGGAUGUGUGCGCUGUCUCUCUGAUCAGAACCGUCUCCAGAACCGGGCCAUGUCGCGGCACAGCAAGCUGCAGAAGCAGGUCCUGGCUCUGUACCGCCACUUCCUGCGGGCCGGCAAGGACAAACCGGGUUUCCUGCCCAGAAUCCGGGACGAGUUCCGGGAGAACGCGCGCAUCAAGAAGACGGACGUGAUGCACAUCGAGUACCUGUACCGCCGCGGCCAGCGGCAGCUGGAGCAGCUCAGGGACGCCAACACCAAGCAGCUGGGUUCCUUCUCCAGAGGCAGCGAGCCGGGCUGACCAUCAGAACCACCGACCGGACCAGCAGAACCAUCUAAUGCAUACCUCACUGACUGGAGCAGAACCUGCACGCAACAUGAAACCUGCUACUAUAAAAGAAACUUUUCUCUGUUACUCAGUAAAACAUUUAACCAGCAGCAGAUCCGUCAGAUUCUGGUUCUGGAAGGUCCAAGGUUCUGGUUCCUGCUGCAUGCCGAGUCAGCGUCACGUCCAGUCGCUUCAUUGUCUGAUUUCUUAUAACAGAAGAUCAAAAAUCAGACAAAAACUUGAUUCUGUUGGAACAGAUUGAUCAGCCAUCAGCUGCUUUUUUGGUUCUGGUUCUGGUUCUGAUAUCUAACCAGUAACAUUUCUGAGAAUCUGAAAUCAUUCUUCUUCAUCACUCAGUUAUUUCAUUCUUAGAUAUGAAAUAACUAAGUUUCUCUUCUGCUGAUAUCUCCAGAUUUAUGGGAUGGAAUUCUGCGAUUUCAGUUUCAUUCUCUGUAUAAUAAAAUAUUGAUAAUUAAUGUUUAUUAUAAUUUAUUGAGAAAUAAAAUCCCCACUAAACAUAAUUACUAAAAUUUAAAACUGAAAUCCAACAAUUGAAGAACUGUUGACUGAUAUGUACGUCAGAAAUAAAAGCCACAAGUUUCUAUUCAUCACAAACUUGUAAAAGUGUCA